GCACAGCCUUGGAAAGUGAUUUGACGGUGACCCACAAACACGUCUGCAUGGAAAACUCUGUGUGUAUAUCGUGCACACGCAGCAUGUCGGCAAGAUAAAACUCUGGGGAAUAAAAAUAAUCUCUGGAUGGCAGCCAUCAGGAAGAAGUUGGUGAUAGUUGGGGAUGGUGCAUGUGGGAAGACCUGUCUGCUCAUCGUCUUCAGUAAGGACCAGUUCCCUGAGGUCUACGUCCCCACUGUGUUUGAGAACUACAUCGCUGAUAUUGAAGUUGAUGGCAAACAGGUGGAGUUAGCGUUGUGGGACACAGCAGGUCAGGAAGACUAUGACAGACUGAGGCCUCUCUCUUACCCCGACACAGAUGUUAUCCUCAUGUGCUUCUCCAUAGACAGCCCCGACAGUUUAGAGAACAUUCCCGAGAAAUGGACACCUGAAGUAAAACACUUCUGUCCCAACGUCCCAAUCAUCCUUGUCGGUAACAAAAAGGACCUUAGGAAUGAUGAACACACACGCAGGGAGUUGGCCAAAAUGAAACAGGAGCCGGUAAAGUCUGAGGAGGGCAGAGACAUGGCCAACCGCAUCAGUGCCUUUGGCUACCUGGAGUGCUCUGCCAAGACCAAGGACGGUGUGCGGGAGGUGUUUGAGAUGGCCACCAGAGCAGCCCUGCAGGUCCGCAAGCGUAAGAAGAGGGGCGGCUGCCAGCUGCUGUGAAGAGGUGGAGUUUGUUGGCCAGUCAGCACCUGAGGGAGGACUCCCCUCCACACACAGAGCAAAGUUAGCGAAACCUUAAAUCAAUGGCUUCCGUGGACUACACUUCACAGAUGCAGAUAUACCACAGGCGAAUAUGAAAGACUGACACACCUGUUGAAAAGCAAAACAAAUCAGCCUUUUUUGUUUAAACUCUUAUUUCUUCUGCUACUCACACACCGUCAGUUUUUGUUUCUGUUCACAGUUUUGCUUCCCUCCACCAGCACACCAGCCUGUUUGUGUGAAGGACCUGCCCCCUCCUCCUGUAUGUAUGAAUGUAUGUUUGUAUUUAUAUGUGCAUAUACUUUACAAAUAUAUCAUG